GACCGGUGGUUCCUCCCAACUACAGUGAAGGGACUUUGCCUUAUUCCUACAAUCUGUGCGUUGCCUCACAAUCAGCUAAGACAGAGUUUAAUUUUCUUACUGUCACCCCGGAAGUGACUCCCUCUCAGGAUCUCCUCUGUGAAGAUCCCUCUUGGGUACCAAAUACAAAUCAUGAAGGCACUGGGGUCCCAUUUGCAUCAGAUAUUAUUUUAAAGGUGAGCUUUAAUUUAUUUGACUUAUUUUCACUUUUGGUAUCAGUGUUUUGUUAACAAAUCACCAAACUGGGGUUUAAGUCUCAACUUAAUAUUUUGUCUUGUGGGUUCAAUAUAGACAGUUUUCUGCCUUAAUUAUCUUAAUCGUAUCUAGCCAAAUCUUUGACAUACGUUUUCUGCCUGAUAUAUGAGAUUUAUCUGUCCAUAAUUACAAGCCUGUACUACAUGAAAUACUUACCUUUCUUCCUCAUCUUUAUAUUCCUUUCCUCUGAAAUUUCGUUACUAUUGGGACUUCAAGCUAUUCCUUUCACCUUCAGGGUCUUUAUUGCUCAAAUUUUAGUUUUACUUCCUCUUAGAAUUAUAGCACUUCAGGGUAAAGAGAGCUGUCUAUGUUUUUAGUUUGGGAAAACUGGGAACCAAAAUAAGAAAAAAAAUUACCCAGUGUCAUGGUUUGCUAACAGCAGGGCAUGGGUAGGACUGAAUUGUAGAACAGCAUUCUAAGUGUUUUUCCAAGCUAAGCAUCUUGAUAUCUCAGAUUGGUUUUUAUUUAUUUUUUUUAAAGAUUUUAUUUAUUUAUUUGACAGAGACAGCCAGUGAGAGAGGGAACACGAGCAGGGGGAGUGGGAGAGGAAGAAGCAGGCUCACAGCAGAAGAGCCCGAUGUGGGGCUCGAUCCCAUAAUGCCGGGAUCACGCCCUGAGCCAAAGGCAGACGCUUAACCGCUGUGCCACCCAGGCGCCCCUCAGAUUGGUUUUUAAAGAUGGACAAUAUUUGAGGUCUGCAAGUGUCUGUUUUACGAGUGUAUUUAUUAAAUGGGAGAAAUCUUUCUCUCUCAUUCAUAGUAACAGAUUACUUUUGUGAAAAGUUGUACAUUGAAAAAAUUUUGCAAACUGUAUUCACAUUGUUUACUUUAAACUUUCUUUUUUGAACUUUCUAAUUAUAGAUUCAAAAUGUCUUUAUUUUCUUUCUUUUCCUAUGAAGGUGCCAUUAGGUUAAAAUUUGCUUUUCUCACUUAAUGGAUUCUGUCAUGUCCUCUUUCCCCAAUCAUGAGACUUUUCCCCUGCUACCUUAGAAAAGGGAUAACAUUAAAUAUCUCUCUCAAUAUAAGAAGGCCACUCAGUGCCUGCUCACUAAGUAUCUGGACAUGUUUCUCUGCAUAGAUGAUGAACUAAAACCCUUUGCUUCAGUCACUAUACUGAUUUCUCCAAGAGUCUGUCACCGUAAAAUGCCUAACUCCAGUUUAGUUAUGGUAAUAGGAAAAUAUAGAUAAUGUAUAGUUAACACAACUCAAACUCUUAGUCUGAUAUAGUGUAGCUGCCAAAUUCUUGGUGUGAAAAUUUGGGAACUUUUUCAAAGACCUCACAAGCAACAAAAUGACCCCUUUAUUUUUUAUUUUAUGACAACUAAUACAAUUUGCUUGAAUCAGAAGGCCUUUUUGCAAAAGUGCAAUAGGAGCUAGGUUGUUUCCUUGACAUUCUUGUGCACAAUGGGCACAUUUUCAUAAAUAUAGUCUAAUAAAAAGAUGAAAUUUUAAAACCUACAAGAUUAAGAAUUCCAACAUCCUAAUUUAAUGGACUCGAUAUAGGUAAGAGGUAAAUAAAGGACCUAGGCUCUGUGGCACUUAAUUAAAACUUUUCUAAAGAAAUAAAGAUCUAAUAAUUAUAUUGAUCUCAAGGUUUGUUGAAGACUUUUGCUAUUUCAAAAUUAAAUAUAAACAAUGUCACUUGAUAGUAUGUUUAAGAUACAGCAAAAUUAUUAGAAAUAAAAUAUAACUAAACAUUUAUGAAAUAAAACAGAAUUGGUGUAGUAACUGGUUAGGACUCUGAGUGUCGCUGUUCACCAAAGUGGAAAAGCUGCUUGCUGUUAACGAUCUCUCUGCUUCUUCCGCACCAAACAAACACAGACCAGAUAAGUUUUAGGGAAUAGGCUUAAAUUUCUGUCACGUAAUGUGUUCCCUUUGGCUUGAAAGAAGUAAGGAAACAGCAGGCUGGAAUUAGGACUAAGAAUACUGGUCGGAGAGAAAGCAAUGGCGGAUCCACUGAAGGGUUGGGGUUGCAUAGAGCCUUUCUUGCUCUUCCUGCUCCUGGAGACGCUAUGGGGAGCCAGAGCGGGGCAGAUCCGCUACUCGGUGCUGGAGGAGCUGGACAAAGGUUCCUUCGUGGGAAACAUCGCCAAGGACCUGGGGCUGGAGCCCCAGGAGCUGGCGGAGCGUGGGGUCCGCAUAGUCUCCAGAGGUAGGACUCAGCUUUUUGCUCUGAACCCGCAAAGCGGCAGCUUGGUCACCGCGGACAGGAUAGACCGGGAGGAGCUGUGUGCCCAGAGCACACCGUGUCUGGUGAGUUUUAACAUCUUUGUUGAGAAUAACAUGAAAAUGUAUGGAGUAGAAAUAGAAAUAAUAGAUAUUAAUGAUAACUUUCCGCGUUUCCGGGAUGAAGAAGUAAAAGUAAAAGUUAAUGAAAAUGCGGCUACUGGAACGCGAUUAGUGCUUCCCUUCGCUCGAGAUGCGGAUGUGAAUGUGAACUCCCUCCAGAGUUAUCAGCUCAGCCGCAAUAUGCAUUUCUCUCUGGAAGAGAAAAGCGGAGCUGACGGACAAAAAUAUCCAGAGUUGGUACUGGAACGGCCCUUGGACCGCGAGAAAGUAGCUGUUCACGACCUCCUGCUCACAGCUUUAGAUGGCGGAGACCCCAUACUCUCUAGUACUAUGCACAUACGUGUGAUGGUCCUUGACGCAAAUGAUAAUGCGCCCUUGUUCACUCGAUCCGAGUACAGAGUGAGUGUACCAGAGAACAUACCAGUAGGCACUCGGCUGCUUACACUAACCGCCACGGAUCCAGAUGAGGGAAUAAACGGGGAAUUAACUUACUCUUUUCGCAAUGAAGAAGACAAAAUUUCAGAGACUUUCAAACUUGAUUCGAACCUGGGUGAAAUCUCAACUCUGCAACCACUGGAUUAUGAAGAAUCCAGGUUCUACCUAAUGGAAGUGGUAGCUCAGGAUGGAGGUGCUCUUCUGGCCAGUGCUAAGGUGCUGAUCACAGUACAGGAUGUGAAUGACAAUGUCCCAGAAGUGAUCCUCACCUCUCUUGCUAGUUCGAUCUCUGAGGACUGUCCUCCUGGAACCAUAAUUGCACUGUUUAGUGUACAUGAUGGUGAUUCUGGAGAGAAUGGUGAGAUUCUAUGUUCUAUUCCUAGGAACUUGCCUUUUAAAUUGGAAAAGUCAGUUGAUAAUUACUAUCAUUUAUUGACAACAAAAGCCCUGGACAGAGAAGAGAUCUCAGAUUAUAACAUCACAGUCACUGUCAUUGACUGUGGAAACCCACCCUUGUCUACAGAAAGCCACAUCUCCCUGAAUGUGGCAGACAUCAAUGACAACCCUCCCAUCUUCCCCCACACUUCAUACUCCACCUACGUCCUGGAAAACAAUCCCAGAGGCCUCUCAAUCUUAUCUGUGACUGCGCAUGACCCUGACAGCGGCAACAAUGCCAAGGUCACUUACUCUCUGGCUGAGGAUACCUUUCAAGGAAUGCCUCUAUCCUCCUAUGUCUCCAUUAAUUCCAACACAGGCAUCCUGUAUGCUCUGGGCUCUUUUGACUAUGAGCAGGUUAAAGACCUGCAGCUGUGGGUAAUGGCCAGGGACAGUGGAGACCCUCCACUUAGUAGCAACAUGUCACUGAGCCUGUUCGUGCUGGAUCAGAAUGACAAUGCCCCGGAAAUCCUGUACCCCAGCAUUCCCACUGAUGGCUCCACAGGUGUGGAGCUGGCACCCCGAUCAGCAGAACCCGGCUACCUGGUCACCAAGGUGGUGGCGGUGGACAGAGACUCAGGCCAAAACGCCUGGCUGUCCUACCGCCUGCUCAAGGUCAGCGAGCCAGGGCUCUUCGCGGUGGGGCUGCACACGGGCGAGGUGCGCACGGCGCGGGCCCUGCUGGACAGAGACGCGCUCAAGCAGAGCCUGGUGGUGGCGGUGCAGGACCACGGCCAGCCCCCUCUCUCGGCCACCGUCACGCUCACCGUGGCCGUGGCCGACAGCAUCCCGGACGUCCUGGCCGAUCUGGGCAGCAUCAGGACCCCCGGCAACCCAGACGAUUCGGACCUCACGCUCUACCUGGUGGUGGCGGUGGCCGCAGUGUCCUGCGUCUUCCUCGCCUUUGUCAUCGUGUUGCUGGCGCUCAGGCUGAGGCGCUGGCACGCGUCGCGCCUGCUCCAGGCUUCAGGAGGCGGGCUGGUGGGCGUGCCGGCCUCGCACUUUGUGGGCGUGGACGGGGUGCGGGCUUUCCUGCAGACCUAUUCUCAGGAGGUCUCGCUGACCGCGGAUUCGCGGGGGAGUCACGCGAUCUUCCCCCAGCCCAACUAUGCGGACACGCUCAUCAGCCAGGAGAGCUGUGGGAAAAGCGAGUCCUUCCUGGUAUCUGAGAACGUAAAUGAAGAAGUAGGAGUCGUUAAGGUCUAUGGGUCUCAAAUUCUUGAGUGUGUGGUGUGUAAUGGAAGGCCUGCCCUCUUCAUUUUUCGCAUCUGAUUUACUGAAGAUGAAUUUCAGAUGCUUCUCCUUAAGAUUUCAGUCUUUCAAAUAUUGUACUUUCAACAGCCUCAUCAGCUGCAAAGUGUGACUAAAUGGGAGAAAUGGCAAUUAAAUACUAUGAUGGGGUGGCAGGCUACAUUACCUGACCAAACAAAUGGUUUAUUGUUACAUGUGGGAAACUAUGAGCACUUGAUUUUUGUUUUUUAAAUAAUUACUUCAGGGGAAGCCAAUAUUUAUAUAUUGAAGGGGAUCCAAAAUAUUUAUA